UGCUUGGUUGGUGCAGCAAUUUUCCGUCCACCCCUAUCCAUCACUCAGCCAAAAUCUUCUCAUUUAAAGUUUCAUCGAAGAGAAGGCCAAUGAAGAUCUCCAAUAUUCAUAUACCAAACACAGAUCUCCAUGACGUCUUGGGAUCCCUUCUUUACCCCUAGAGAUAGACAAAAGCAUGAAUUUGGGACUUUAAUGAAUGGCCAAACCCAGGGAAUGUUGGAUUCCUUGUGGGGAAAACAAAACCGCCCCCACCUUCUUCUUUUUCUUUUCUCUUUAAUCUUUUCUCACUUUCCUUUUUUUUAUUUCAUAUUACAGCGCACGUUCACCCUUUUCCAUGCAAUGUUUUGGACGAUUAAACCGGCAAGUGAUCCUCUACACCCCCACUCUACUCCUCCUUUUUAAGUGUUUCUCUUCUGACCCAGCCAGGAAGAACAUGAGUUUCUUGCACAAGUGGAACGUUUGGGUGUUCAUCAGAAGAUCUAUUGAUCAUCAGAGGUGGGUUUCUUAACAACUUGCAGCUCCAAUGGCGCGUCUCUCCGUUGACAGUGUAACUGCGAUGGGGUUGGAGAGGAAAGCACUUGUUCUCGUGGUAACGCUUUUCUCCUCCUGGUUUUGGAGAAGUGCAACUGGGCUGCUCUCGCCGAAAGGUGUCAAUUUUGAAGUGCAAGCUUUAAUGGGAAUAAAAACUGCUUUGAGGGAUCCUCAUAAUGUGCUUGAUAACUGGGAUGGAGAUUCUGUUGAUCCUUGUAGUUGGACGAUGAUCACCUGCUCUGCUGAAAAUCUGGUCGUUGGACUAGGAGCUCCAAGUCAGAACUUGUCUGGAACUCUUUCUCCAAGCAUUGGAAACCUCACAAACCUGCAGGUUAUCCUGCUACAGAAUAACAACAUAUCAGGACCAAUGCCCCCUGAGCUUGGAAAGCUCUUGAAUCUUCAUACACUUGAUCUUUCCAAUAAUCUUUUCACUGGACCAGUGCCAGAGUCUUUAGGCCAGCUGACGAACCUUAAAUAUCUGAGGCUUAACAAUAAUAGUCUUUCCGGGUCAUUUCCAUCAUCCUUGGCUGAUAUCGAGAAGCUUGCAUUUCUGGACAUGUCCUUCAAUAAUUUGAGUGGUCCUGUCCCAAAGUUUCCUGCAAGGACGUUCAACAUCGUAGGGAAUCCUCUGAUCUGUGGGAAUGGGCUUGAGCAAGGUUGUUCUGGAAAUGCAACUCCAUACCCUCUUUCCUUCACUUUCAACACAUCACAGAGUGGCUCAUCAAAUGGUCAGGUGAAGAAUCACAGGUUGGCCCUUGCACUGGGGUCAAGUCUUGGUUGUACAUGUUUGCUUGUUCUUGGAUUUGGAAUCCUGUUCUGGUGGAAGCGCAAAUGCAACCAGCAGAUAGACAUUCCUUAUCAACAUGAUGAAGAAGUUCGCCUUGGCAACUUGAAGAGGUUCCAGUUCAGGGAGCUUCAGGUUGCUACCGGAAACUUCAGUAGCAAGAACAUUCUUGGAAAAGGUGGUUUUGGAAUAGUUUACAAGGGUCAUCUGCAAGAUGGAUCAAUUGUAGCUGUGAAAAGGCUUAAAGAUGGAAAUGCUGCUGGUGGAGAAAUUCAGUUCCAGACUGAAGUUGAGAUGAUAAGUUUAGCUGUUCACAGGAACCUUCUUAGGCUUUGUGGGUUUUGCAUGACAGCAACUGAGAGGCUGUUGGUAUACCCAUAUAUGUCAAAUGGCAGUGUAGCUUCCCGUCUAAAAGGAAAACCGCCACUAGAUUGGAGUACCAGAAAAAGAAUAGCUCUUGGUGCUGCUCGAGGAUUGCUGUACCUCCAUGAACAAUGUGAUCCAAAAAUAAUUCACAGAGAUGUGAAGGCUGCCAAUAUAUUACUUGAUGAUUAUUGUGAAGCCGUUGUUGGAGAUUUUGGUUUGGCAAAGCUCUUGGAUCACAGGGAUACACACAUAACAACUGCAGUCAGAGGAACAGUAGGUCACAUAGCUCCUGAGUACCUCUCAACCGGCCAGUCGUCCGAGAAGACGGAUGUUUUUGGUUUUGGUAUCCUUCUUCUUGAACUAAUCAGUGGGCAGAAAGCUUUAGAGUUUGGCAAGACAGGCAACCAGAAGGGCGCUUUACUGGACUGGGUGAAGAAAUCACACCAGGAAAAAAAACUUGAACUUCUUGUUGACAAAGAUCUAGAGAAGAACUAUGAUCGUAUAGAGCUGGAGGAAAUGGUUCAGGUGGCUCUCUUGUGCACUCAGUACCUUCCAGGACACAGGCCCAAGAUGUCAGAAGUGGUAAGAAUGCUAGAAGGAGAUGGUCUAGCGGAAAAAUGGGAAGCUUCGCAGAAAGAGGAGAUGCCAAAAGGAAAGUCUUUCGAGCUCUCCUCAGAGCGAUACUCGGACCUCACCGAUGAUUCAUCUUUGCUAGUGCAAGCGAUUGAGCUUUCUGGCCCCAGAUGAAUUUCAACUUAAGUGCAAGCAAACAGGGAUCUUAUCAAUUUCUAGUUCGUGAAGUUAUCAAACUCUGGCACUCAUUAUCCUUACAUUUGUAUAUUGAAAUUGAUGGGGGCUAAAGGGAAUGCAAACGGGGAUCGUAUCAUUUCCUGGUUUGUGAUGUUACCAAUCUCCAGCGAUCUUAUCCUCGCAUUUGUAUAUUGAAAUUAGAGGUGCUAAGGGAAUUGUGUACUAGUGUUCUUGAA